CUUUCUUCUUUUUUUCCUUCCUCCCUUUCACUAAUUUAUCCCGAUGUUAGCACAUUCUGUCUUGUAACACCCGGGCGCCUGUAGGUUUGUUUCGUGGGAUCAUUACUUACUGAUCGGGAUGGCUCCCAGGUCCGGGGCUGAAGACGGAGUGUGAAGUUGGGGAAACAUUUUUUUUUCUUUCCUUUUUUUUUUUUUUUUUUUUUUUUGUUCUUUUUCUUUUUUAUUUUUUUUCCUUUUUUGCUUUCUUUUUAAUAUUACUGUGGUGUUUAUUACCUCUCGGUGCUUAUUCAGGAAAAGCAAACAAACAAAAAUCUGGUCCUUGAUGCUUCACUUCUGAAUGUGAAAUAUUACCUCCCAGCUCGUAAAGUUGUGAGGCACAGCAUUUUUAUUUUUUUUUGCUUUUUUUGCUUCUUUUUCUUUAAGCAAGGACGAAAAAAGCCUAGACAAACAAACAAAAAAAUGGACUUCUGAUCCGUGUGCCAAAGUAGGGGGAGAUAUGUUAUUGACCGAUUUAUACUGGCUGAGAUGAUACUUGCUUUCUACUUCUUGAUCACUUGCUCUUUAAGUAAAAUGAGGCACAGAGUUGUUGCUGAGACGAGUGGGAACAGCAUUUUGAUUUUCUGGUUUAAUUAAAAAUGAUAAAGGAUUAAAGGACAACGUGGAUGUGGACUGCAGGUUGUGAGCCUAGACACACCUAGGGGAGGGAGACAAGAAGAGUUGAACUUAAGAGAGAGCCCAACGGAGAUAAACGAAUGUCCCCACAUCUCCAAAGAGAAGUUCAUCGGAUUUUUACUCUAGAGAUCUUAUCUUCAGGAUGUCAUUGAACACUUCCACUGCAGGAAAAGGUGUGGAUCCAAACGCAGUUGACACUUAUGACAGUGGCGAUGACUGGGAAAUCGGUGUUGGGAAUUUAAUAAUCGAUUUGGACGCCGACUUAGAGAAGGACAGACAGAAAUUUGAGAUGAAUAAUUCUAAUACCACCAGCAGCAGCAACACCAGCUCCAAGGAUUGCGGGGGUCUGGCUUCCAGUGGGGUUAAUGCUACCUCAGCCUUAGCUGAUGGCCUAAAAUUCGCUUCUGUUCAGCCCUCUGCUCCCCAGGGGAAUUCCUCUCACAAAGAGACUAGCAAAUCAAAAGUGAAAAGGAGUAAAACUUCUAAGGAUGCUAAUAAAUCUCUGCCUUCUGCUGCCUUGUAUGGGAUUCCUGAGAUCAGCAGUGCUGGCAAAAGGCAGGAAGUCCAAGGGCGCCCUGGAGAGGCAACUGGCAUGAAUUCAGCACUGGGUCAAAGUGUGAGCAGUAACCCAAACGGCAAUAAUAACAACACCAGCAACACCACCACCGUUGCCUCUUGUGGGAAAAACAAAGAGGAGAAACCAGGUAAAGCCCCAGGCAGCAGAGGCUCCAAGCGGGAUAAGGAUGCAGGAAAAUCCAGGAAGGACAAGCAGCAUGACCUGCAGCAGGGCCACCCUAAUGGCAGUGGGGGUGGCAAUAGCCAAAUUCCCGCUGGGCACCUCUAUGGCUUUGGGGCCAAGGGAGGCAGUGGUGGAAGCACCAGCCCCUUCCACUGCACCUCCUCUGCUGUGGGGGAAGUGAGCAAAAGUACCCCGGAUUCAGGGUUAAUGGGGAACUCUGUUUUGGUAAAGAAGGAAGAGGAGGAGGAGGAGAGCCACAGGCGAAUCAAGAAAUUGAAAACAGAAAAGGUUGAUCCCCUGUUUACAGUGCCUGCACCUCCACCUCCGAUUUCCAGCAGUAUCACACCUCAGAUUCUGCCUUCCUACUUUUCCCCAUCUUCAUCCAAUAUUGCAGCACCAGUCGAGCAGCUUUUGGUACGGACACGUUCAGUGGGUGUAAAUACUUGCGAGGUUGGAGUAGUAACAGAACCCGAAUGCCUUGGACCCUGUGAGCCUGGGACCAGCGUGAACCUGGAAGGAAUUGUGUGGCAUGAAACUGAAGAAGGUGUCCUGGUAGUAAAUGUUACAUGGAGGAACAAGACUUAUGUGGGAACACUGUUGGACUGCACAAAGCAUGACUGGGCCCCUCCGAGGUUUUGUGAAUCGCCAACAAGUGACCUGGAAAUGCGUGGAGGACGGGGCAGGGGAAAGCGGGCGAGGUCGGCUGCAGCUGCGGCCGUGCCCGGGAACGACGCGAGUUUCGCAGAGUCCCGAGGACUUCAGAGUAAAAAUCGAGGUGGUGCCAAUGGGAAGGGGAGGAGGGGCAGCCUUAACUCAAGUGGGCGCAGAACACCCCCAAACUGCGCCAUGGAUGAAGUCAAAGCCAGCCCCUCGUCCACAAACAAGAGGAAAACUAAGCCUCCUAUGGAGCUGGAUUUGAACUCCAGUUCAGAGGACAAUAAGUCUGGAAAACGCAUUCGUACUAAUUCUAGAAGCACUCCCACCACCCCACAGGGGAAACCCGAAACUGCUUUUUUGGACCAAGGCUGCUCUUCCCCAGUGCUGAUUGACUGUCCUCACCCCAACUGCAACAAGAAGUACAAGCACAUUAAUGGAUUACGUUACCAUCAGGCUCAUGCACACUUAGACCCAGAAAACAAACUGGAGUUUGAGCCUGACAGUGAAGACAAAAUUUCAGACUGUGAGGAAGCACUGAGUAAUGUGGCACUUGAAUGCAGCGAGCAAAGCACAAAUUUGCCAGGCUUUGAUCCACUAAAAGCACCGACAUCUCCUUCCUCCAUUGCUACCCCAGGGACCCCCAAGGGAAAGAGGGAACUGACCAGCAAUGGCCCUGGUUCAGUUAUCAGUUCCAAAACUGGCAAGAAUUCUGGCAAAAAGAAGGGUCUGAACAGUGAAUUGAACAGCCUUCCAGUAAUUUCUAACAUGGCAGCCACACUGGAUAAUUGCUCAGUAGCAGAUGGCAAUUUGCAAACUGAAAUGCCGAAAUUGGAGGCUGAAGGAUUAAUUGACAAGAAGAGUUUAGGUGAUAAAGGCAAGAAAUCAAACAAUUGCAAAGUGGAUAAAAACCUUUCCAAGCUGAAAACGGCCAGGCCCAUUGCCCCAGCACCAGCACCAACUCCUCCCCAGUUAAUAGCUAUACCUACUACAGCCUUUACAACCUCCACUACAGGGACAAUACCAGGACUGCCCUCUCUAACAACUACUAUUGUUCAGGCUACACCAAAGAGCCCUCCACUGAAACCCAUUCAACCAAAGCCCACAAUUAUGGGAGAGCCAAGCACUGUAAACCCAGCUCUCACAUCACUCAAAGACAAAAAGAAAAAGGAGAAGCGAAAGCUGAAGGACAAAGAAAGCAAAGAGACGGGCAGCCCUAAGAUGGAUUCUAAGCUGGGGAAGCUGGAGGACUCAAAAGGGUCUGGAAAAGACUUAUCUGGGCAUUUUUUAAAGGACCAUCUCAACAAGAACGAAGUGCUACCUAAUGGACUGUCAGAAUCUCAAGAGAGCAGGAUGGCAAGUAUUAAGGCUGAAGCUGAUAAAGUUUACACAUUCACAGACAAUGCGCCCAGCCCUUCCAUAGGGAGUGCCUCCAGGAUGGAAUGCAGCACUUUGGUGAAUGGACAAUCCGCCAUGGCCCCACUGCACGUGUUGACACAGAAUGGCGCAGACAGCACGGCUGCUAAAACCAACAGCCCUGCUUACUCAGAUAUUUCUGAUGCAGCUGAUGAUGGUGGCUCUGACAGCAGGUCAGAGGGCAUGAGGUCAAAGGCCAGCUCUCCGUCAGAUAUUAUUUCUAAUAAAGAUGGUGUUGUAAAAGGACAUUCUUCGACCACAGCACAAUCAGCUCAAGGGAAAGAGUCUCAUUCUCCCUAUUACCAUGGCUACGAUCCUUACUAUUCCCCAAGUUACUUGCACUCUGGACAGGUCAGUGCCCCAGCAGCUGGGAACAGCGGUACCCCACAGGGGCUGAAGAUUAAAAAAGAGGCUGAGGAAGAGGCUGAAAAGAAAGAGAAGGCAGAAUCGUCAGAUGCCAAGAAAAGCGAAAGCACUUCCUCUAAUUUGCAGCCGCAACAUCAGUCAGUAAUAACUCAAAGACACCCUGCACUUGCUCAGUCACUUUAUUAUGGACAGUAUGCCUAUGGGCUCUAUAUGGACCAAAAGUCCUUAAUGGCCUCCAACCCUGCUUACAGGCAGCAGUAUGAAAAAUACUACGAGGACCAGAGACUAGCAGAACAGAAAAUGGCACAAAGUGGGAGGGACUGUGAAAGGAAGAAUGACCCCCCCUUGAAAGAGAUUGGGAAGGAUGACAACAAGCAGAAGAAUAUUCCAUCUGCCACUAUUUCAAAGGCCCCUUCAACUCCAGAGUCCAGCAAAAAUAACACUAAAAUAGGGUCAUCAGUUCCUAACAAAGGUGAGGAGACAAGCAAAUCACAGAUCCUUUCCAAUCACCAGCAGCAGCUUCAGUCGGACACUUUCAAAGCCAAACAAAUGGAAAACCACCAGCUUAUAAAGGAGGCUGUGGAGAUGAAAUCUGUUAUGGAUUCAAUGAAGCAAACAGGAGUAGAUCCAACCACAAGAUUUAAACAGGAUCCAGAUUCACGAACAUGGCAUCAUUAUGUCUAUCAGCCCAAAUACCUUGAUCAGCAAAAAUCAGAAGAACUUGAUCGUGAGAAAAAGUUAAAAGAAGACAGCCCUAGAAAAACACCUAACAAGGAAAGUUCCCUGCCUAACCUUCCUGUCUCAUUAGCAAGCAUUAAAGAGGAGCCCAAAGAGGUCAAGCGUUCUGAUUCUCAAUCAGUGGAUGAGAGCAAGAUAAAAAACGAUGAUCAAAAGACUCCUGUAAAUUGGAAGGACUCUCGGGGUGCUAGAGUAGCAGUUUCCUCACCAAUGAGUCAGCAUCAGUCAUACAUCCAGUACUUGCAUGCUUACUCGUAUCCACAGAUGUACGAUCCCAACCAUCCGGCCUACCGCGCAGUCUCUCCUGUCCUAAUGCACAGCUAUCCUGGGGCCUAUCUCUCUCCAGGAUUUCAUUAUCCAGUUUAUGGGAAGAUGUCAGGGAGAGAAGAGGCAGAAAAGGUCAAUACCAGCCCGAGCAUCAAUGCAAAAUCAACCACUGAGUCCAAAGCACUGGAUUUGCUCCAGCAGCAUGCCAACCAGUAUCGCAGCAAGUCACCUGUUCCUGUGGAAAAAUCACCAGCUGAGCGUGAGCGGGAAGCAGAGAGGGAGCGAGACCGCCAUUCUCCUUUCAGCCAGCGGCACCUCCACACUCACCACCAUACCCACGUUGGAAUGGGCUACCCCCUUAUACCUGGACAGUAUGACCCAUUUCAAGGAUUGACCUCUGCUGCCCUUGUUGCCACUCAGCAGGUGGCUGCACAGGCAUCUGCAUCUGGUAUGUUUCCUGCACAAAGAAGAGAAUGAUGAAUUUGGGGAUGAACAUUGUCAUGUGACUGGAUCACAUGAGGAAGCGCUUUAUUACAGACAUCAGUUCCAUGGUGUUAAUUUGAAAUGCCUUAAUGGCAGGCAAAAACCAGUCAUUUCAUUUUUGUAAAUUGCAGAUUUUAUCACAGAGUAACAAAUGUUGCUGUAAUUAGACUUCUGUUUUUAUAUAUAUAUAUAUAUGCGUAUAUAUAUAUAUACAUAUAUAUAUAAAAAUAUAUAUAUAUUCUUUACUUUUUUUGUAUCAGUACCAAGGCUCGCACACAGAGUCUGCUGCUAAGUUGCGAACCACACACUAAAUGGAGAUAUGUACUUGUCAUGGUUAGAAGGCGUUAACCGCAAAAGGCUGUUUGUUUCCUUUCUCUCCUUCUUCUUCUUCCUCUUCUUCCUCUUCUUCCUUUCCUUUUUCUUCUCUCUUUUUUCCUUUCCAAUUGUAAAUAAAUAAUGUUAUGUAUCAGUGUGCCUGAACCUUGCAUACCCUUCUGGUAUUUCCCACAAGCUCUCAGAGAGGCUAACUGUGAUGACACUUUGGUACAAUGUAGAUGUCUAUUUGGUGGUUCCUAUUAAGAUGCAUCAGUGUAAAAUGUUACUGUACUCACUGUUUCAUUGUAAUUGUGUAUUGUGAAAAAUAUACCUUUGGAAGGCAUGGGGAUUCUAGUACCACAAAAACUGUGUUGUAUAUAAUGUAUAGAUUUUAAAUGGAGAUAAUGAGCAUCUGUGAAUAAUGAAAUGUCUUUUUUGAUAAUCUUGAAUGGCAGAUAACCUAAUAGCCUGCAUAUGAGAAGACAUCUGUGAUUGUUCUAUUACUUGAAUAGUCCUGCAGUCUUUUUUUUAAUGUUUACAAUUACCCAGAUUUAGAGGAGAGACUUUAAUGCCAUUACCUGUUUACUUGUUUUAUGCUGUAACCUAGUUUAUUUUAUGUAAAACCUAUAUCAAAUGCUUUCAUUUUUUUACUUGCCUUAAAUAAUUUGGCAAUCAGAAUAAUGAAAAAACUUUGAUUUUUAAUUUUUUUUAAUUUUUUUUUUUAAUUUUUAUUUCUGGGUGUUCUUGAGCCACUUUGAAAGAUGUGUCAUAGCUGUAGAUAGCAGAGGGUGCAGCAAUGGCACAGCUCCUAGUUGUGCUCCUGCUGGGCCUGUGCCAGUGUCCUCUCGCAGCGGGCAAUGCAGGGUCCAAGCCAGAUGGCAGAUGGACCUCUUUCUGUUGACCCUGAUAGGCGCAAAAAAGGCCCAUGGUAACACUUUGGAUGGUAUUAGUGGAACUGAAGUCUCUAAUACCUGUUUUAGAGCAGCUCUGUAUGCUAUAAAUUAUAGGUAAAUUUAUUCCUAUUAUACCUGUAUUGCCCUUCCCCCAAAAAAUUAAUAGAUUCCUAAAAACAGAGAACCUGUCAAGUAAAAAAAAAAUCCUUUGCUGUGUCUAACCUGCAUUACCACAAGAUAAAUAUUUUAUGUGGCUAUACCACCUGCUUUGUUACAAUGCAGUUAAUACAGUACACAGUAACAUGAAAUCACUAAUCGUGAUGUGAAAAAAAUCAAAUUUACUGGUCAGGUUUUUGAGGCUUUAAUUUUUUUCUUUUUCUGCAUAUCCCAGUUACAUUGAUUGUCAAAACUGUUUUUUAAAGUUUUACUGGUUGUUUUUGUUUUGUGUUUGUUGGGUUUUUUUUGACAGGGUAAAUUACUGCAAGUUAAAGAUUGUUCUUGGAGUUGGUUCCAUUUCUUCUACCUUGUGAAUACUUAAUACAGAAGGAUGAAUUAAAGAUUCCCAACAGACAAGCACACUUGGACUUUUAUAUUACUAUGAUGAAUCUGCCAUUAAUAUUGCUAUAAUUGUUUUAUUUUUAUAGGCAUAAAAUCAGUUCCCUUAGUGAAUAGUUAUAAGGUUUAUUGAUUUUUACUACACAUCAUUCAUCUGUGGCUUACUAUUAUUGUCUUGUUCUGAACACAUUCAGAAGUCUCACAGUGGUGACAUACUACAAGUUAGCCUCAUAAAAAAUGGGAAGGAAGGGGUGUUUUCUUUGAAAAAGGGGAUAUUGUGAAUGCAGGGCUCUUGAAAUA